CAACAAACGAGCAAUACCUGCAACCACCCUCCUCCAGCACAAUCGCCUACACUCACGAUGAGAUUUAUCUCUUCUCCUACUUUCUCUCUCCCUCCGUCGUCUCCCUCCGAUCCGAUCUCUCUUCCGACUCUUCCUACAGAAAUCUUUAUAACUCUCUGCUCAUACAUCUCACCCCGCGAUUUAAUAUCCCUCUCUUUGACCUGUCGUCUUUUCAACUCAUAUCUGUGUUCAUCAACUUCAUCAACUACACAACACAUAUGGCGGAGUACGCGUAAGCAAUAUUUUCCCAAUGCUCAAACAGAGCCUUAUGACGGUCUUGAUGAGAGAGUCUACACCAUUUUGCUUCUCGACAGGGCAUGCGAAUACUGUAAACAAUUACAUACUUCAAAAAUUCCUCCCCGUUUUAGAGCGACAAAAACUGUUAGAGGAAAGAAGAGACAAGGACUGGAGCUAGAAAAAAUCACAGACGCUGAUGAUGAUGAGGUUGAGAAUGGAAGUGCCGUUGAUGACAGGGAAUUCUGGGCGAGAAACGCCUGGUGGGAUGGAUUGGAGAUCGAUACUGCUGAUGAGUGGAUGGACUCGGAGGAUGAAGAAGAAUAUUAUGACAUGUUUCAUGACGAUGACGAUAAUUAUUGGAUUCGAGGCGUGGAUGAUAGGGAAUUCGAAGGGGAAACUACAACCUGA